AUGUGGGACCUUCGCGUCAUCGCACGUGCAUCUGAAGCAGCAGCGAAAGCAAGGCAGAAGCUGUCCCACAAUGCUGCACAGGCCAGGCACCUCCACGAGCUCGAAGCGCAAAAGAGCGAAUGUGAGAGGUGGACCGUAUCAGUGGGGCUGAUGGCUGCGCGGAUCCGCCUUAGCGCGGCAGCUUGCAGCUCGCGAGGCGUGGUCGCGCUAAAGGAGGCAGUGAUGCAGGCGCAAGUUCAGGUACAGGCGCAGGCAGAGUCGCAAGCCGACGGCGGAAAGCACACGGCGUCACCCGCAACAGCGCCGCUGCGUGACGCGGUUCCCGCUCUGCACGUGUUGCUGGCAUGGCGGGCAGCAGGUGGCACCUCGUCCAAAGCUGCUGAUAUCCGGCGAGCUGGAAAAUCUCCGCGGCUUCGGUUAAUUGCGAGGAUCGGCUGGAAUUUAGCCUGA